AUGAGUAAUGAUAUAACAGAUCAGCUUCAAACAGAUUUGGCUUCAGAAAAUUAUUUUUCAAUCUGUCUUGACGAAAGUACAGAUGUAACUUCACAGGCGCGACUAGCAGUCUUUGUUAGGUUCAGUAGUGUUAAUAUUAUGAGGGAAGAAUUAAUAAAAUUAAUGACGAUUUCUACUAAAACAACUGGUCAAGAUAUUAUGAAUGUAGUACUUAAAGAAUUCGCCAAUUUAAAAAUAAAUAUAAAUAAUAUUGUUUCAAUAACUACGGAUGGUACCCCUAAUAUGGUUGGCAAACACAAUGGAUUUGUUCAACUUUUUUCGAAAGAAAUUUCUCUUCCGUUAAUCAGUUUUCAUUGUUUAAUACAUCAAGAAGCGUUGUGUGCUAAAGACAGCUUGAAAUCGCUUCAAAAUGUAAUGGAAGUAGUUACAAAAGUUGUCAAUUUCAUUACAUCUCGUGCUUUAAAUAACCGACAAUUUACUAAAUUAUUAGAUGAAGUUGAAUCACAAUACGCUGGCCUUUUAAUGUAUAACAGUGUUCGUUGGUUGAGUCGUGGUCAAGUUCUUCAUCGAUUUGUUGAAUUAUUAGAAGAAAUACGAUUAUUUUUAUUCGAAAAAUCUCAAGACUAUCCAGAACUUAAAGAUUUAAAUUGGUUGAACGAUUUAAUGUUUUUCACUGAUUUUACUACAAUGUAUAAUGAAUUAAAUAAAAAACUUCAAGGGCCCGGUCACAUAGUCUUAUCAAUCAGUAUUAAAACCGAAAACCUAAUUCUUAUUGAGUGGAAAAGUCUACCAAAUUCAUUUACAUCCAUGAAAAAAUUAGCACUUUCAUUAUUGACUAUGUUUGGUUCUACAUAUACAUGUGAGCAGCUAUUUUCCUCCAUGAAUUUUAUCAAAUCCACUUUGAGAAAUCGUCUUGGAACAGAUAUCAGUGCAACAUGUAUUCAAUUAAAAUCUACAAAUUAUAAUCCCAGGAUUGAUUCGUUAGCUGGAAAUAUGCAGCAACAAAUUUCUCAUUAA